AUGGAAUCCUUUCCAUACAGCCACAACAAUGUUGCCGUUACACAUCGUGAUCAUGGUGCCUUGUUUCAUCCAUCAUCAUCCGUGGCAACACCCUCACUGGCCAAAUACGUCGUUGCGAACGAUGAUAUCCCCUUGGCGGGUCCACAGCAUGGACGAAGCAACGGCAACAAGAAUAAUGACAUGAAGCCACUCGAAGACUUUGUGGCCUCUGAAUUCUGCAAACUGUCUGUCGAAGAACAAACCAAAGCCCUCAGUGAUCUCUACUGUCAGAGUGCUGCUGCUGAUAAAAAGCAAGAAGAUACUAACCUCAGCAACAGCAGCAGCUGUGAUCUAAACGAGAAUCCAGUCAUGAUUCAAGACUCGUUACGCAGGUUUGAGCUACAGAUUCAACAAGGAAACUUUCCCAUUUACGACAUUGCCUUGGUGCAGAAUCGGUCCUACGUCCAAGAUCCAACGUUUCGUUUGAAAUUUUUGAGGGCUAACCGGCACAAUGUUCCAAAAGCCGUUCAUCAAAUGACUUGCUUUCUACAAGAAAAGGCGGUGCACUUUGGACAAGACAAGGUGGCCAGAGAGAUUACCCUGGACGAUCUCAGUCCUGAAGAAUUGGACCUCAUGAUUUCGGAUCGCUAUCACAUUCAAGGUGGCCGAGACCAAAAGGGCCGAGUCAUCCACUAUUCCUUUCCUGCUGCCCUUGGUGGUGGUGGUGUGGGAGUUCGUGGGACCUCUUCUUGUCCGAGCGUGGGCAUGGUGAAUCGAGUCAACUACUAUGUUUGGUUCAAUAUUCUAAGCAACAUGGCUGUCGUUCAAUCCAAAGGAUUGGUAGCCGUUCAUUACGAUACCGCCCAGCCAGAUGCAGCUUCUUCCAACAAGCCAAGCUUUGAUUUCAUUCACAAAAGCAUGGCCUUUUUUGCAACCAUGCCCAUUCGAUACUCGGCCAUUCACUUGUGCUUUCCCGAAUCUGCUGCUGCCAAGAGAGACGCUUCUAUCAAGAACUUGGUGCUUGGUGCUUACUUGAGGUCCAUUCCACUCUACAGCCGGGCAAGGACCACGAUGCAUCACGGAAGCGAUUGGGAAAUCCAAUACCGCCUUAUUCAACAGUAUGGGUUUCCCCAUGCGGGGACCUUUCCAGUCGAUUCUCAAGGCAAGAUUCGUCGCAAUGUCUUAAACGUCUGGCUUCAUUUGCACAUGGCCAAUGAACCGUCCUAUAUCGAUUCCUUCAAUUGUACCAUGGUGCAACUAGAAGACGAUGAUGACGAAGACGAUCGUGAUGAUUAUUCAAUCACAUCCGAGGAAGACGAAAUAUGUACUGUUGCUACAGACGUUGCAGUGGUUCUGGAUCCACCACCAGCUGCCACGGUCGCCAAGUACACCUAUGCAGCUUCUGCUUCUGGUGGUCGAAUCAACAAUGACGUUCUCCACCAAAUAUCAAUUGCGUCAUCGUCCUCCUCUUCUCAAAAUACUCCUGCUACCAUUACUGAGCAACAGCAGCAAAAAGGAGGAGGAGGACAACAUCGACCCGACCAUGAUGUCUUUUUUGGACGAGGCCGUGGGAUUCAAGAUCAUCCUGGUAAUAUUCGAUGCCGAGAAUAUCUACAGGAAUAUCAUCAUGCUUAUGACACGGCUCCACGAAACCAACGAGGCAAAGUGACCAAGGCCUUGACCAACGCUUUGCGUCAGCAAGGAACUCGAUUCUAUGAACGAAAUCAAAACCGAGAAUGGGUCGAGGCGGAACCAAAAGUCAUUGAAAAGAAGAUUGGACAAUUGCUGCGGGAGUUUCGGAAAAAGAAGAACCAGAACCAGGGGUAA